AUGGGACAAGACGCAAGCGCGCUCAAGAACCAGGUGGAGGCAGAACGCGAACUGGAAAGAUCGCAGCAUGCCAGCCAAAUGGAGAUUCUGAAACAGUUUGAUCAGAGGACAAAGGUUCCUCACUUAUUGAUCGAGCUUCGAAAUGUGGGCUACAUUGAGAUUUGUGGCAAGAACAUAGGUGGUAUCUAUGACAAGCUUGACAGCUUCUUCAAGACAUAUUUUGGUGCAACAGAGACCACGUUGGUGAUGCGAAGAGUGGUAGAUGAGAACAACUGCUGUGCUGGAAUGAUGGGACCUCAGCUGGCGAUGGCACCCAAAGAGCCUUGUGACGAAGUUUGUGACAAGAAUUAUGUGUGCGGCACUCAGAAUUCUGAUGGCACGGUCGCCCUCAAUGGCAAAUUCAAAAGCCGCGGCAACGAGGGAGAAAACAACAUGGGAAAGCUGGCUAUGGAGGUCAUCAACUUUAUGACCAACGAGUGUGGAUGGGGCUUGCAUCUGACGGAUGGCGGAAAUCUGGGGUACUACGGCCAGAUGCGUGAGACGCAGAUUAAGUUCAAGGCUCCCCAUCCGCUGAAUUUGAUGGCGCCCCACAUCAUGAUCGAGUUGAGGUCUGCCGGGUACAUAGAAGUGAAUGGCUUUGAUACAGACGGGAUCUACGGGAAGAUUGAGGACUUUGUCAGAAAAAAGUGGGGUGGCUCGAGAACAGGUGCCGACAAAGACUACUGUGACCUCAAAUUCUCGACCAGCGCCUUCAAGAAGAGAGGGACGCAGGGGGAGAACAACAUGGGUAUGAAGACGAUGGAGCUUGUCGACUUCAUGACCAAGGAGUGUGCGUGGACACUGCUGACAUGCACGGGUGGGAACUAUGGGUUGACAGGGAGUAUGCGAGAGCAACAGAUGGUUUUCCGAAACGACGCUUUCGUGCAGCACGGCGAGCAGCACAUCAUGAUCGAGCUGCGAGAUCAGGGCUACGUGGAAAUCAACGGCUUGCACGAUGCACCGGAGGCAGCCAAGCAGCUGGAGCAGUUCUACCAAAGCCAGGGCUGCCAGGUGUACCAACCAGGGUUCUGGGAGUCCUCUGAGAAGUACUGCGAUGUGAAGUAUCAAACUCCUCCGGGUUGGUUUUAUAAACAGGGAACUACGAACAAUCUCGGCAAACGUACCAUUGAAGUUGCAAGCUAUCUGGGGCAGAUGGGAUGGAUGCUGCUGCUUUGCAAUGGUGGCAACAUUCAUUCAGGCAACAACAACAAAAACAUCAUGCGCGAGCAGCAGGUGAAAUUCACAAAGGCUCGACCGAGCGACAACGCUGCAGCCCCGCUCCUGAUGAUCGAGCUGCGAACGAUACCGACGAGCAUGCACGGCCACUAUUCAGGGUUCAUCGAAAUAAAUGGCCAGAACACAAACGGUGUGUACCAGCAGGUUAUCCAAUACAUGCAGCAAACGAUGCUGUGCACGCCGCUGGGUCCACAGCCGUAUUGUGACUUGCUCCUUCAAUGCAACUGCUUCCGUCUCAGAGAGGCCAGUACAAUGUGGCACACCCGCAAUGGACGCCUGAACGGUGAGAGCAACUUUGGAAGGUACACCAUGAGGCUUUGUGAUUUCAUGGUCGAUCACCUGGGUGAGUGGGACCUGAUCGUGUGCAACGGCAACAGCGUGGAUACUAUCUUCCGCUAUGGAAAGGACAGCACAAUGAGCGUCACUGGUCGCGAGCAGCAGCUCAUCUUCAGACAUCGGCCAGGUGGACGAAACGUGUUCAUGGCUCAGGACGUGAAUGUGGCGAAGCUGGGUCGUGCUCCUCUGCUGCCACCGAAUUAUUGGAAGGAAAGCACCAGGACAGGAUCGGUCGGCCAGGAAAUCGUCCCCGCCACGGCUGAGGAGGUCUCGUGGAUUCAGGAGGUCCUGGACGGCACCUACAAGAAGAAGUCCACGCGAGACCGCUCGGGUGGUCCGUUGGCAGAUCGCUUUGUCGUGGUUUCCGCUUUGAGAUCGGAGCAUCCAGGCUUGUGGGACAAGUUUGCAGAAAAAAGGAACAAGGUGGCCACGGAGAUCAAGAAGCGCAGUACUGUUGAGAUUGUGGAGCCGAAGACGAUGAAAGCUUGCAGCGCCUUUCAAGAGAGGUGCACACAUCCACGCCUGGGCAACCCAACCAACGAGGCGUAUCUUUUCCACGGGUCGAAUCCCACUUCCGCAAUUUCGAUCUUGAGCACUUCUUUCAAAGUGGAUUUUGCCGGCGCAGCUGUUGGGACGAUGUUUGGUCCUGGCGUCUACUUGGCGGAGUCUUCUGCGAAGUCGGAUGAAUAUGCGCGAGACGAAAAUACGGGUGGUGCUUAUGACGGCCUCUUCGCAGUGCUGCUUUGCAGGGUCGUUGUUGGAAGCUCGUAUGUUGUGGAGAAGCCUGGAGACUACACAGAAAAGUGUACUUCUGGCGAGUUCGACAGCGUUGUCGGGGAUCGUGAAAAAGCAGUCGGUACGUUUCGAGAGUUUAUUGUCUUCGACGAAGCCUCCAUCUAUCCAGAGUACGUGGCUUUCUACCGCAGAGAAUACAAAGAUGGACCUCCGCCACCCAAAACGCCGACGCCGGCACCUUCCUCGUAUGCACCUGCACAACACGCAAUGCCUGGUGAAGCGCGGACGAUGCAGGUGCAAAUCCCGGAGGGUGUGGAGCCUGGAGCCCGGAUUCAGUGCAAGGCGCCUUGGGGCGACACGCUGGAGGUUGUAGUUACCGAAGGGAUGACUCCUGGGCAGCUCAUUACAAUAAGCGCGUAA